CAGCCCCACGAUGGAAAGGGGCUACGGCGCGCUGUCUACGUCAUUCGCGGCGCGCCGCUUACGUCACCCCGGAGCGCCCGUUUCUCGCUCGCGGUGAAGCCUGUGGCCCGGGGCUGGGCGGAGGAGCGGAGAUGUGGCGUCGGACGUUCCGAGCGACGCUGCGGGCAGGGCUGGGCCCCGGCGCGACGGGUGCGGUAGCGGGGGCGCCGGGAGCACGAGUCGGGAGCUGCCGGUUUGCAGGGAGUGACUCGGAGAAGGCCGCGGGCCCCAGCCCAGGCGGCCGCGUGAGCGCCGAGCUGAUCGAGCACCUGGAGCGCCUGGCCUUGGUGGAUUUCCGAAACCGCGAGGGCGUGGCGCGGCUGCAGGCGGCCAUCGAGUUUGCGGGGCAGCUCCGCGCCGUGGACACGGACGGCGUGGAGCCCAUGGAGUCGGUGCUGGAAGACCGGUGCCUGUACCUGAGAGCGGAUGAGGUGGUAGAAGGCAGCUGUGCGGAAGACCUGCUACAGAACUCUCAGCAGACUGUCGAGGAGUAUUUUGUGGCCCCCCUAGGUAGAUGCUACACUGAGGUAACAUCACUCUGCCAAAACAAAGUGAACAACAUCCAGUCCUGAAGAGUUAAAUGAUGCUCUGAGGAAUGGUGCUCACAACAGGAAACAGUGUGGAGGACACUUGGGAAAGACAAAGCUGAAAAAGCUCCCGUGAACUUCCUCCACAUAAUUGGGCCCUGACCCUUUUUCUCCUUUCCCCCUGCUCUCUCCAGAAGACUGGGUGAAGAUGGAGAACUCUCAAGUGAGCUCCUGUUGCCUCUAACAGAAGUCAAGGAAGGGUACUGUGGACUUGGAGAAAAGCUUCCCAGGAAUGAAUGGAGUAUUCACUUAAUACCUGAGUCACAUGCUGGAAGUGUCCUGUGGUUAACUUGUAAAAUCACCUUUGGUUCAGUUUCUGGCACACGAUUAAAUAGAGUAAGUUUCUAACCAAA